GAAAAUUUCGCUUUUACCAGAUUAAUUCUUCUGCAAGCUUUCGCUGAUUCAAUCGUUAUAAACAACAGUGCGUCGAUCGAUUCGAUACAGUUGGAUCGAUCAGGCAUCAUGAAGCUCACAGUCUUCCUCUUAGUAUUGCUCUUCUUGCAGCAGCAAUCGGAAGCUCAGAGCAGCUGCGGAGACGGAGUUUCUUUCUCCGGCGGCCGGAGCUACGGCUCCUGCGCUCGGCUUCCGUACCUCGAUGCCACUCUGUUCUGGAGCUACCACCCUUCGAACGGCACCCUCGACGUCGCCUACCGGGCGCCGCAGAGCGCCAAUGGAUGGGUGUCGUGGGCCAUCAACCCCACCGGCCGCGGCAUGGUAGGCGCCAACUCCUUCCUCGCCUACCCGGACGCCGCCACCGGCUCAGCCACAGUGAUCACCACCCAGCUCCGCACCUACGACGUCACGCCGAGCGACAUCAGGGACGAGGAGCUGACCUUCGCGGUCUACCGCAGGGAGGCAGAGUACUCCGGCGCCGACGGGUACUACACCAUCUACGCGUCGGUAGAGCUGCCGGGGAACAGGACGACGCAGAACACGGUGUGGCAGGAGGCGACGACGUUCGCCGGCGGAGUCCCCUACGGCCACCCGUUGGAUCACGAUCACUUGUCGUCCUUAGCGAGCUUGGAUUUCCUCACCGGCGAGUUGGCGUGAUCACCAUUCACCAUUGAUCAAUUUUAUUUACUAAAAUAAAAUGUCGUCAAAAAAUAAAACAAAAGAAAAUAAAAGAUCUCUUUUUUAAUCUUCUAUUUAAUAUGUGUA